AUGCCGAUCGCAAUUUUCCGCAGGGUCGACCAGGGCGUCUCAGGACCCUGGCAUCCCCACGCAGCUCCAUCCACUCGAGCGCCCACCUCUUCAUGGGAGAUUCGGGCGCCAAGGUCGACACCGAUGAAAACACCCAUGCAGCAGGGCGCCAGUGAAGACAUCGCCGCAGAGAGCGCGCACACUCGCGCGAUGCUCGCUUUAGGCGGCAAGCUUGCCGCCACAGCCAUCUUGGAGCAAACGAUCGCGAGCUUUUCGGUUGAAUCGCUCCGGAACAGGUCCGGAGUGGCCGACGAGUCCCUCGUUAGUGUGGGCAGCAGCCGAUGUAGCUCUAGUCCUUCGCUUGUUCUAGACUGGAAAGUGCAGCGAUGGGCGCCGUCGACCCUGCAGAAUCCUGCCUGGGUCGAGGCGGGUCGAGCCGCUGCAAAUUCCAUCGACUAUCAGCUGCCCGAGCCGUGGUCGGCCACCAUCUGCUUGCUCCAAGACAUCCAGGCACUUGAAACCGGAUCGCAGAAUUGGAGUUCGGAACAAACAACCUGCCUGAGCGCCCAAGACCCCUUCUUCGUGUUGAACGCGUUCUUGCAUUCUCAAGCCCCAGACCCCCUUCGACGGCGGAAGAGUUGGACCCCUCGCACCCGACUCGAUCCUAAGCACUUCGCUCCCGCUCCCGCUCUCAUCUCACCACUCAUCGUCUAUCGUCGAAGCUACUUCCACGAUCCUAGCUUUCCAAACGCAGUCGUCACUCGAACCUUCUCACCUGGACAUCUUUGCAACUUGGACAUCGUUGCCGGAAUGAUGGGCCAACGUCUCAUCAAGACUUUGAGCGUGACAAUUGUCUUGCUCUUCGGCGCCAGCUCUGCAACAAGGCUGCCAUCAUCGGUGGGCGAGCAAUACGCUCUCUUGGAAAAGCGCAAAGUUCAGGAGAGCCUUUCGUCAUCACCGUUGGUGAAGCCCAGCUGGAUGCACAUGGAGAAGCGCGCUGACAUCUCGGCUGCGCUCUCCGUGCUCAACUCGAUCGUUCCCGGACUCAACAUUUCGUCGUCCACGGGCGAACAAACGAACUCAUCUGCGAGCCCAGCAAACUACUCGCUUGCAGGGAUCCCCCUCAACAAUACUGCCAGUCUCAACCAGACCGAGAUCGAUCGUGCUCGCAACUGUCCUGGUAUCGAGUUCAUCACUACCCGCGGUGCCAACGACUCGUUCACCGACGGCUAUUGGCUCAAAGAAAUGGCUCGUCAGGUCAUGUCGCGCUUGCCUCAAGAGACCUCGAGACGAACGGAGACCAGAUACGACUCAAACAUCGGCAACGACUUGCAAUCCCAGGUCAAAGCAGCCCUUGAUGGCAGCUGGUGGGUUGCCAACUACACCACUUUGCUCGCGCAGAGCUGCCCCAACACCACCAUCAUCAUGAUGGCUUACUCUCUCGGCGCUGCAGCCAACACCGUGGCCAGCACGCGCCCCCGCUUUCCACUCAGCCGUAUCAAGGCCGCUGUCUAUUGGGGCUCGCCUCUCCGAUCUCCCGGCCGACCCCAAAAUCGUGGUACGGCCAAGUCUGCGCUGGGUCAGGUCGCUCUUCUCGGCUACCGUACGCCCCGCGGCCUUGAGCCCGUCGUUCGAGACUACUGUGUCAUCGGAGACGUCAUCUGCACCUCUUGGGGCACCCUUGGUCCUCAUUUGUCGUAUGCCAACUCGAGUUACCAAGACGAGACGGUCGACUACCUCGUGCAGGCUGCCCUUCCCUAG